UCCACGGGGAACCACGUCUGAAGCGUCCUUUACAUAAAUCUGAAUAACCCUUGUAUAAAAGAAAUAUAGACUGUGCUAAUACCUGUGCUGUGACUGUUCAGACUUUCAAGUGAUUGUUGUCUUUGGACCCGCCUGCAGCAACCGUUAUCGACGCACCGGCUUUUGCAAGAACAGAUUCAACACAUUCAUUCACAAUGAGAGACGAGCGCGCUAAUCUGCCGCGUGUGAGAAUUGCCGUCAUUGGCAGCGCCCGCGUUGGCAAGUCCGCCCUCAUAGUCCGCUAUCUAACAAGAAGAUAUAUAGGAGAAUAUCACUCAAACACAGAUCUGCUGUACAGGCAGACAGUGCCGAUCAAUGGCACCCCUGUUGAACUAGAAGUGAUCGAUGUCUCGGGCUCCAACUCCGACAAAUUCCCAGCGGAGCAGAUCCAAUGGGCAGACGCGUGUCUCCUAGUAUACGCUGUGACAGAUCGGAGUAGUUUCGAGUACGCUACUCAAGUCCUAGAAGCCUUGAAGAGGACGCCGCAGACUGGCAGCCCAGCCCAUGGCCCCGCGGGAACUCCGGCGACCAUGCCGCUCGCCCUCAUUGGCAACAAAACAGAUCUGGACCACUUGCGACAGGUAACUACAAAGGAAGGUCAGACAGUUAGUGCUGCUCACGGUGCCUCGUUCAGUGAAGCAAGUGUAGCUGAUAACUCGGGCGACUUGUACCGGUGCGUCGACCGCUUGCUCGCCGAAGUGAGAGCACCGCAGCGCACGCGCAAGUUCUCCGUCACUAAGAUGCUCGGCUCUCUCAUAGGUGGUGCAAACAACACCAGCCUAGCGAGCCGCAGCGGGUCGAUGGUCGCAUGCCCGCGCGUGCCGACGCCCGCGCGCGCGCCACUAGCGGCGGCGGCGCCCUGACCGGCCCCGGCGCCGGCGCACCGCGCGCGCUGAUGCCUGGCCGGCGCCGGCGCCGUGUGGCUCGCGUGCCUACCCGUGCCCGCCCGCCUCAUGUCGCCCGCCCCCCUAUCUGCCGCCAUCUAAAAUGGACCUAAUUAGUUUUGACCGGUCUUGAACCGAACUUAGAAUCUCAUUUGAUCUGAAGGUGACUUUAGAACAAUAAGUACCCACCUAAGCAUAAGGAAAGUUUCUUAGUCGCGUGGAUAUGGUUGUUCGCAAAUGUGGCUAUAAAGAACGUAUAGGGGAUUUUGAGCUGGUUAUGAUGCGAGGCUCUUCGACUGGUGCUUAGUAACGCGAGCCUUCUAUUCCAUUAAUUUUAUUACCGCCGCUCUCACGGUGGUCUUGGUGUUAGGUGAUGGUAUCACCAAACUGAACUACUUCGAACCUGAUGAUUCUCACCAAAGAUUGGAUCUAGUCUAACUUAAGUAGUAUAAGCGAAACCACCAGAAUUAGACGCAUAAAUAGUAUAUGAAAUCAUACAAUUCAUGUGUCGUGUAAUUUGGUAAAUCUGGAAGAAUUUUAUACCUGUGUCAGGUAGUUCAUGUAGCAAAUGAAUGUGCCAUUUCAGAUAUCGAUCAAUAUUUAACUGCUUUGUAUUAAUGUCAGUUUUUAAAUAUGUGUGUUUCAUUAUAAUAUGUGAACCAGUUCGUGUUAUGAAAUUCAUGUACCUAGUAUGCGUAAUCUAAUGAUUAUAAUACGAUGUGUAAUAAAAUAUUCUAUUAAAAUAAAUUUUGACAAUAAUUGUUAUAAGUAUAUAAUUUACAAAAUUAUCAUCAAAUAGUAUUACGUGCCAAAACUUUAUCGAAUUUCAAAAAUUUAUUCAUCAUAUUUAUUAAAUAAUACUCAUAACAUGUUAUUUGUAAACUAAUGUUAAUAUAUUGUAAAAAAUAUUAUAAUUGUAGAUAGUUUGAUCAGUUAGCCACCCGGCAGAUUCAGGUACAUAACUGUAAAUUUUAUAGUACCAUAAAUUGAAAUGGGUGCUUUUACGUGGGUACUGAUGUAAAAAUAAUUUUAUGGUACCCUACCGACUUUCAUUCCUGGAUAAAUUUCAACAACGGGUGGAGAGCUUCUCUUUGUACGCUGAGGUGCUGAAUCUUUACGAGUUUGUAUUCAAAAUACAAUAUUCGGUGUAUUGUACCUACGACAUGGCCUAAAAACUUUUUGUACCAAAAUUUUCUACUUUUACAAAGUAGUUGAUGUGUAAGCAGUGUAAAUAAGUAUAAGCAUAUGUGCUAUAUAGUUAUUUUUAAAAUAUAAUUACAUCUUCGGACUCUAAAUAAAAUAGCCUAAAGGCUUAUUAGCUUUUAUAAAAAGGAAAACACCGAAAAACCCGAACCAAAUAUGUAUGGAACGCACUAUUCUUAGUCUUACUACAAUCGUGUAAUAAUUGUAAAUAAAUUUGAAUUACUGACAUACGUAAAUGGUUCGGAUAUACAGUAAUAUGGUCCUUAAAUCAUUAGAAAUUUAUGACUUGAGCUUUGAAAAAACAACGCGAACCAAUUUUUUUAGAAAUCAUCUGCUUUCAUAUAAUGAAAAAUAAAGAAAGCUUUUUAAUGCUGUUUAUAUAUUGGUACAUAUUUAAAUUUAUAUCAUUAUACCUAUAUAAUUUGUUGUUUGUUGUAUAUUAUGAAAAUUCUGUAAAAACAUGCAUUAUAUGUGUGGAAUAUUGCUGUUUAAGGUACAUACUUUUUGUCUAGUCAUUUAGCAUAAGGGCUGUGAAAUAAAUGAAUGUAUAAUGAAACCGUGACCUGCAAAGAUUUCAUAGUCGAAGCAAGAAUGAUCGACUUUGACACUUCAAUUAUUGUACUACAUCUGGAGAUAUUGAAUAGCGUGUUGUAUCUAAAACUGAUAUAAGAAUACUUAACAGACCUGCUCCUUAAGGCGGCAGGGUGGUCAUUUUGGACUCUGUGUUUUCUUAUCUUAAUAUUCGAUAAAGAGAUUAAUGAGAUGUCUUGCUAUUCGUACCUAAUCGAGAAACCCAAUCUUAAUUAUUAAAAGCUGGUACAUAUUUGUACCAUUUUUUUAAUAUAAAAAUUCAACUAAGAAAAGUUUUAAAUAUUGUAUAAGAAUUUAUGAUAUUUUUCUUGUUUACGCACACUUCGUUAUGUGUGGGUGUGUCAAUACACUCUUAGGUACUACUUACGACUUUAAAAAGUAAAAUUAUUCUGAUCUAAAUUACCUUCAAACACCUAAAUAUGUAAAAAAAAGAAAUUCUUUAUUCAUAAAUAUCACCCACACAUAAAUAGAAGGCGAGAGAGAAUUUGAAAAGGGAAUAAUUUUAUUUUAAAAAAUGUGUCAUAUUACGCAUUUAUGAUGGCAAGAAUCUGAAGUGUUGAUAGAUAGUACUAAUGUUAAGCAGACUAAAACGAGUCGGAACUGAUUGGAUUAGUUGUAUAUAAUUUGA